GUCUCACACAAUCAUCCAGUCAUCUGCUCUGUCUCAUGCUCAAGUCCUUGCUUAUCUGCCUGACACUCCAGACCUGUCCAACAGACCACUUGUUACAGCCCAGCAUGUCCAGAGGCAUUGAAGGACACUGAGUUCCUUCUGCCCCCUUUAGGAAUAACAGCAAGGAUCUUCUCUUCAUGGCUCUGCAAUGGCUGGAAAAAUUCUGAACUUCAAUGUUGGAGUGCUGGGCCACGUUGACAGUGGCAAGACCUCCCUUGCCAAGGCCCUGAGCACAGUUGCCAGCACUGCUUGCUUUGACAAGAAUCCACAGUCCAAAGAGAGGGGCAUCACCAUUGACUUGGGCUUCAGCUCCUUUGUGGUGGAAGCUCCGAAACAUGUGCUGGAAGGUGGGUAUGAUAAGUUGCAGUUCACCCUGGUGGACUGUCCAGGGCACGCCUCUCUCAUCAGAACCAUUAUUGGGGGAGCCCAGAUCAUUGAUGCCAUGAUGCUGGUGGUGGACAUAACCAAGGGCAUCCAGACACAGACAGCAGAGUGUCUGGUUAUUGGUGAGGUGCUAUGUGAUAACCUUCUUGUAGUUCUUAAUAAGGUGGAUCUAAUACCCCAAGAAAAACAAAAGGCAACCAUUGAAAAGAUGACAAAAAGGAUCUUACUCACACUGCAAAAAACAAAAUUUGUCGGUUCAAAAGUCAUUGCUGUGGCUGCCAAGCCGGGGGGGCCAGACGCACCUGACCAGGACCCUGAUGGAGUGAAGGAACUAAUGGAGGUGAUGCAAGCAUUCUCAUACAUUCCAAAAAGAGACACUUCAGGUCCAUUUCUGUUUGCUGUUGAUCACUGUUUCAGUAUCCGAGGGCAGGGAACAGUCAUGACAGGCACGGUGCUUCAGGGGGCCGUGGCCAUCAAUGAUGUUGUGGAGAUUCCAAGCUUAAAGGUGACCAAGAAAGUAAAGUCCAUGCAGAUGUUCAGACAGCCAGUAGAGAAGGUUUCACAGGGUGACCGUGCUGGCAUUUGUGUGACACAGUUUGACCCCAAACUGCUGGAGAGGGGAGUGGUGGGCACUCCAGGUGUCAUUAAGACAGCCUUUGGGGUUCUUGCCAAAGUUUCAAGGAUCUCAUAUUACAAACUGCCAAUUGAGACUAAGGCAAAAUUUCACAUUAGUUUGGGUCAUGAAACAGUGAUGGCAAGGGCAACCUUUUUUGGCACAGAGGACCAGCAGGGCCCAGAGGAGGUGUUUGAUUAUGAGCGCACCUACAAGUACCAGUCCGAGCUCCUUGACCUGAAGGCUGGAGAUGGAGUCACUUCCAAUAUCUUGCAACAGUUUGCUCUCCUUGAGUUUGAAAAAGCUAUUCAGAUUCCCCCAAACUCAUCACUGAUAGGGUCAAAGCUAGACAUGGACGUGCACACCAACAUGUGCCGCCUAGCUUUCAAAGGCAAACCUUUGGAAAUCUUCACAGAUAAAAAUUAUGGAGAGACACAGUUGGAAAGAAUCAAGGUUUAUAAGGAAAAAAGCAAAGAAGGGCUGGUAGAGCGAGUGGCUAAUGAGAAUGAACUCAUUGUCAAAAGCUUGCUGAAGAAAGACACCAACAGCCAGCUUUUUGUGGGACUGAAGGUAAAGCUUUCCACGGGGGAGGAGGGUGUGAUUGACGGAACCUUUGGCCAGGGAGGCAAGGUGAAGGUCAGGAUCACCAGCGGUCUCCAGGACACCACCAAGCUCACUCUUCAGAAAUUCUCAUCAGGAAAAAAGAAAGGGAAAGGUGGACAAGAAAAUCUGCCUCCUGACAACAAUUUGGAGCCUGUUAAAGUAAUCCUUCAUUUCAAGAAAUAUGUAUUCAGCACUAGUAAAAAAAUGAUACAAAAUUGAAAACACAAGGAAUCAGUAAACAGAUGAAAGAGAAAGAGAGAGAAAUAUAUAUAUAUAUAUA